GCGUCCACGAACUCACUCGCCGAACAGACAUCAUUCCCCUUACCCCGACGUUUGAAAUCCUCUCCAGCCGAUGCAUCCUCCCCAUCAAUCUUCUCCGGUUCGUUGCAUUGCGUCUGGAUUGGCCUGCCCCUGCUAGAUUCAGGUAACUGCUGCAGCUGCGGUUCUUGACCCGUUUACUUCGGUUUGCCCGUGGCCGCCCUUGUCUUAUCCUUCUCUCUGCAUUUGAGCCUUCUUUUUCACAGUAUACUUGAUUGGUUUGGGCUCUGUACCCAGUCAACUCCCUCCCCCCUUGUCCUGGCUUUUGAUACUGCAUUUUGGUUGUCCUAACUUGUUUCUGCUAAUUUAAUCGGCAUUCAUUGUAAUUCCCGUACCGAGUCCUCUUGGGUUUGCUUGGCAGUUUUGCUUUGCUAGCACUAGCAGUACUCUGCAUCUCUUUUGUUGUUAAUGUGGGUAAAGUUUUUGCUUUUUCUUCAACCAAAUGCUCCCUUUUUUCUCUUUCCAAUGAACAUUGAUUGGUUCCUUGAUGGCUCAGGUUCUCUUUACGGGAGCUGCUCUUGCAGACCGGCUGAUUUAAUGCAAGACGCUGUCUGUUUUUCUCUUUCCAUUGCCCUUGAUUUAAUGCAAGACGCUGUCUGUUUUCUUUGCCUCUGGUAUUGGGCUGGUACUUCACAUGUUCUGGAUGCUGCAUUGGUUAGUCUCAGUCCAGUCCGGUCAAAGUCGUCUCUUCUCUCAGAUCUCGUGCUGUCCCUAGCAUUUUCCCUAGUUUAACUAGGUUCGAGUUAUCUCCCUUUGCUUCAUCGACUCAUGCGUCCGUAUUAUUUGGGUUUUACGCUACCUUGUUCUUUUUGCUGAAAAUUUUGUAUUUUAACGAAGUUUUUCUAUUCACUGCAUCCCCACUAGGAUCAUCUGCUUCUGCUGCUGCUAUUAUUAUUAGCAUUAGGGACUUCGCAUCCAUUGUGUCUGAUUUCUUCUAUUCAGAGUGAAUUGCAGAAGUAGACUGGUUUCUUCUUCAUCCAGUAAGCUCAGUCUGUACCCUGCACUGCAACAAUGGUGCUAGGCCUCCGAACCAAGACAAGGAAGGAUUCUGCCUUCCAUGUGGAUUUCAAUAUUCUCAUCCAAGAAAUCAGCCCAUGGCCCCCUUCUGAAUCGUUGAAGUCUUUGCGCUCCGUAGUACUCUUCUGGGAAAAUGGCGAGCGCAAUUCAGGAAAGACGAGCACUGUUGCGCCUUCAAUUGGGUCAGGUUCCACAGCAGGGAAGAUUGAAUUUAAUGAGUUCAUAAACUUACAGGCUAUUUUCCAGAAGGAGGGGUCAUCCAAGAGUGGAAAGUGGCAGAAGAACCUGCUUGAAUUGAACUUGUAUGAGCCGAGGAGGGAGAAGCUGAAGGGCCAGCAUUUGGGGUCUGCAACACUAGACCUUGCAGAGCAUGCAAUGUUUCAUGAGGACACCAGUGUUCCUGUGCCUCUCAGUUCCAAGAGAAGUUUCAAAAACAAUGCCCAACCCAUGGUUUACCUCCGAAUCCAGCCUUUGGAUGGCGAUAACUCAAGCGUUUCUUCAAGAGAUGCAUUAUCACAAGAGGCAUCAGUUGAUAAAGAUUCAAAGGAAUUUGUCUCAGCAACGGUGAGUGAGGAGUAUACUGAAGAUACAGAGUUUGCUUCCUUUACUGAUGAAGAAGAAGCAACUCCAUACCUGUACCGCUCGGGUGUAACUGCUCUCACAGGUAGCAAUAGAUCUCAUGAAUCCCUCAAGGGCAAGGAUAUCAGGUUAACUAAUAAUGAAGGUACCAGCUCAUCGUUGGAUUCUCAACAUGAAGCAACAGUAUCCUGUAUGAAAGUGAGGAAUGAAGAAGUUGAAAAGUUUCCAAUUCAAGUGCAAAAGCAAAAUGGCCAUCCAGAAAAUCUGUCUCUCUCAUCAGAUUUGCCCAGAGAACAAAGUCCGUCUCUUCCACCACACAAUGCAUUCAGAAGUGGUCGUAAAAUGUCAUUUGCAUAUGGUAUGACUGAAUCUAACCAAAGACAGUUUGGGGAGAGAACUUAUAGCACUUUAACUACUGAUAGAGCAAGGAAUGCGAGGUUCAGUAUGAGAGUUCCAGAUGUUAAUGGAAGUAUCAUAAAUAAGAAAGUUGAUUCCCAGGAUAUUGCAAUUACUCAUGAGAAUAAGGCCAGUGUUGAUGAUGGAUUGCAAGUCCAGGAACCAAUACGCAUUUCAAAUAAUCGAAAUGACAACAAAGUUCGAGAACUAGAACUUAAAAUUGAGUUGCUUGAAGCAGAGCUAAGGGAAGCUGCCGCUGCUGAGAUAGGCCUUUAUUCAAUAAUUGCAGAACAUGGUAGUUCAGUAAACAAGGUUCAUACACCGGCACGGAGGCUCUCCAGGCAUUUUGUGCAUGCACUAAAAAACUGUUCAAGAGACAAGAUGGGAAGUGCAGCAAGGAACACAACCUCUGGGCUGGUUUUGGUUGCAAAAGCUUGUGGAUAUGACAUUGCAAGGUUGAGUUUCUGGUUGUCAAACUGUGUUGUACUGCGAGCAAUUGUUACUGAAACUUCUAGGCAAUCGGGCACUGUAAAUAGCAGCAAUUAUGGUGAUUAUAAUUCCAAAACAACAUACAGGAAAAACUCUGCAUCAAUGUGGGAGUCACUUAAUAGGAAGAAAGGAAAAUUACUUUCCCCUGAGUUUGAUAACUGGGAAGAUGUUGACACAUUUAUAGCUGCACUAAAGAAGAUCGAAUCAUGGAUAUUUUCUCGAAUUGUUGAAACCCUUUGGUGGCAGACAUUCACACCACAUAUGCAAUCUGCUGAUAUAACUGGUGGUUUGAGAAGUACUCCAAAUCCAAAAAAAGGCUAUGGAAAGAUUCCUGUUGUGGGCAACCAGCAACAAGCAACCAUAUCAAUGGACAUAUGGAAGAAAGCCUUUAAGGAAGCGUCAGAACGGCUUUGCCCAGUAAGGGCAGCUGGUCAUGAGUGUGGAUGUCUGCCUAUGUUAACCAAGUUGGUGAUGGAGCAGUGCAUAGCUAGGUUGGAUGUAGCAAUGUUCAAUGCUAUUUUGCGUGAAUCAGAUGAUGAAAUUCCAACAGACCCGCUGUCUGAUCCCAUAACUGAUCCUAAAGUUCUUCCAAUCCCAUCUGGGAAAUUCAGCUUCGGUGCUGGGGUCCAACUGAAAAAUGCUAUUGGCAGCUGGUCUAGAUGUCUUACUGACUUGUUUGGCAUGGAUAUGGACGACUAUCAAGAACUUGACAAUGAAGGUGGUGAAAAUGGCUUUGGUGAAUCUGUAAAGCCAUUCUAUCACCUGAAUGCACUGAGUGAUCUCCUAAUGCUUCCCAAGGAUGUGCUCAUGGAUACCAGUAGCAGGAAAGAGCUUUGCCCUACCUUUAGCUCAUCAAUCAUCAAGAACAUCCUGGAUGUCUUUUUACCAGAUGAAUUUUGUCCAGAUCCCAUUCAAGGUUCUUUACUUCAAGCACUAGAGUUGGAGGACCACCUGGAGGUUAACAAGGGCAUACGGUCGAUCCCGUGCAGCGCAUCGCCAAUUUUGUACAAUGCCCCUGUAUCUGGGGCAAUACUAAGCGUCAUCGGUGAUCCUAGGAAGAGCGGGUCCGCCAUCCUUCACAAGUCCAACACGAGCGAUGACGAGCUUGAUGAGCUGAGCUCCCCACUUACCUUCAUCUCCAACACCUCAUCAGACCCGCUUGCGAAGCUGAAGCGGAUCAGCAACUCGACCACAGCGAGGUAUAGGCUUCUCCAUGAGGUGUGGAAGCUGGAUGACCAGUAGGACUUGAUCCUAUCACCACCAUGGUUCUCCCCUCUGUAUAUAGGUUUGUUUUUUUGCAUAUGAUUCCGGCUCAUGUAUAAGAUUUCAGUCUAUUUGUUAUGUUAUGUUACAAGAAGAUGAGGGGCAAGCGUUGAAUCUUAAUAAAUCCGCUGUGUCUAAAUGCAAGAGUGUUCGGUAUGUGU